AUGGCGUCCAGCUAUGCCCACGCCAUGGAGAGACAGGCCCUACUGCCCGCCCGCCUCGACGGCCCCGCCGGCCUGGACAAUUUACAAGCCAAGAAGAACUUCUCCGUGAGUCACCUGCUGGACCUGGAGGAGGCGGGCGACAUGGUGGCCGCCCAGGCGGAGGAGGGCGGCGGGGAGCCCGGCCGGAGCUUGUUGGAGUCCCCCGGGCUGACCAGCGGCAGCGAUACCCCGCAACAGGACAAUGAUCAGCUGAACUCAGAAGAGAAGAAGAAAAGAAAGCAGAGGAGGAACAGGACUACCUUCAACAGCAGCCAGCUGCAGGCACUAGAGAGGGUCUUUGAGAGGACACACUACCCCGAUGCCUUCGUACGGGAAGACCUUGCGCGCAGAGUCAACCUCACUGAAGCCAGAGUUCAGGUGUGGUUCCAGAACCGGAGAGCCAAGUUCCGCCGGAACGAGAGGGCCAUGCUGGCCAGCAAGAACGCCUCUCUGCUCAAAUCCUACUCAGGGGAUGUGACAGCUGUGGAGCAGCCCAUAGUACCUCGCCCUGCCCCCAGACCCACUGACUAUCUGUCCUGGGGCACUGCCUCGCCCUACAGUGCCAUGGCCACCUACUCUGCCACGUGUACCAAUGCCAGCCCAGCACAGGGCAUGAACAUGGCCAACAGUAUUGCCAACCUGAGACUGAAGGCAAAGGAAUAUAGUUUACAGAGGAAUCAGGUGCCCACAGUCAAUUAACAGCUGGGGAGAAGAAGGAGAAGACACAACAGCACCCGUCCUGCUUCGCAACUUGUCUGUGCUGGAAGAAAAAAAAAUAAGAGAAA